AUGCCGUACCCGGAGGAAGCCCAGGGUUUCAUGGUCGAUGGUCCGGAGACCUGGACCACCUUCCACAAGCGCUAUUUUCCCCUGAAGCCCUUUGGCGACUACGAUGUUGACGUGAAGGUCGAGGCGUGUGGUAUUUGCGGUAGCGACAUUCACACAAUCAGCGGUAAGGAGUGCCGUCGCGAAGAAACGGAAAUAUGUGAAGCUGAUGAGACCCGGUCAGGUGGUUGGGGCGAGAAGAAUUUCCCUCUCUGCGUCGGUCACGAAAUCGUGGGCACGGCGAUCCGAGUCGGCCCCAAGGUCACCCUCGUCAAGGUGGGCCAGAGGGUUGGAAUCGGGGCUCAGGUGUACUCCUGCGGUGACUGCAAGCAAUGCAAGAACGACAACGAGACCUACUGCCCGGUCGCCAUGAUCGACACGUAUGGCUCCCGGUGGCCUGACAGCGGAGUGAUCAGCCAGGGCGGUUACGCGUCCCAUGUGCGCGCCCACGAGUACUGGGUCUUCCCGAUCCCAGACAAGCUGGACUCCAAGGUGGCCGCACCGCUGCUCUGCGCCGGCAUCACAGCAUACUCUCCUCUGGUCCGACACGGAGCAGGACCGGGCAAGAAAGUCGGGAUCGUUGGUAUGGGGGGAAUUGGGCAUCUGGCGAUCAUGUUCGCCAAGGCGCUGGGUUCGGAGACCUGGGCCAUCUCACGGACGAGGGCGAAGGAGGCUGACGCGCGAAAGCUGGGAGCGGACGGCUUCAUCGCGACCAGCGAGGAAGGCUGGGAGAAACCGCACCGAUUCUCCUUCGAUCUGAUCGUCAACUGCGCCAACUCGUCCAAGAACUUUGAUCUCUCCAAGUACCUGUCGAUGAUGGAUGUGCAUGGACGAUGGGUCAGCGUUGGUCUGCCGGAGGAAGAAGGACAGGUGAUCAAGGCGCAGAACCUGAUUGCCAACGGGGUCUUGAUUGGCGCCAGCCACCUGGGCAGCCGUCGGGAGAUGCUCCAGAUGCUGCAGCUGGCUGCGGACAAGGGGCUUGGGACGUGGAUCGAGGAGGUCGAGAUCAACGAAGAGAACCUCAAGGAGGCUGUGACGCGGAUGAAGAAGGGCGACGCCAGAUCUCAUUCUCAUAUUUCACUCCUUCUUUCCCCAGUUGCUCGCUGUGACACCAAGACCGGCAAGAAAGGCGAUUCUGGACGCUGCCCCCAGGUAGACAAACGCAACAUUGCCCCAGUCCAUCUGGUUCCAGCGGUGAAUCUCCCAGAAGACGCCCACGCCCAGCGGCAGCAGACUGUAGAGGUGGCCCAGGUCGGCGAGGAGGAGACCGAACAGCAGAGUGCGCCAGACGCGGAGAUCAUUCGUCGCCCGAAGGACCAGGGCCUCGUUGACCGCAAAGAGCAGAUACAAAUUGGCCAGCUGCCGCAGAGCGACGUGGGUGCCCACGGGCAGGGCAGCGGAGUCGGCCAGCGGAGCCGACAGCGUGUCGGUCAAGCGCAGAUACGUCGUGGGCCAGGCACCGGCGUACAGGGCCCCCAGACAGAUGAAGAAGGGCUCCACGUAGAGGAAGAAGACACGAUAGAAGAGGUGAAUGCGCGCGGAGAUAUUUUUAUCGUGCUGACCUGUUGUCAUGUCCACUCCGCCGGCGGCCUGCCAGACGCAGCCCAGGAUUCGACGUCCGAUCGAGCUGAAUUGCCUGAUGAUUCCGGCCCCGCCCUUGUCUCGAAUCAGCAGAGAAGGCACGAAAAAAAAAAGAAGGAGGCGAAUCGUGGUUGGGGCUGGCGAGAAAAGGCUGCAGAGAUCGCCACCGCCCCUGGCUGCUGGAAACAGCUUAGCCUGCAGCUGUCUACUCUUGGCUCACGCCAAUUCUCGCGCGAGCACGGGUGGCCUGACCGCUGUUUCAACGCGUUGUGCCAGCGAUACCGCCCCGAAUCCUCCCACACGUCCCCGAUCAUGGCAGUCGCAGACCCUGCUACAGCGCGCUCGGCGCGGCGACGACCCUCUCUGCCGUUGAGGGCUCGACCCAGAACCUCCGUCCCAGAGCUGACGCAGACGACGGCCCCCUGGACGAUGGCUGGAGCAUGGAGUUCGUACCAGACUGGCCACGACGAUCGCAUCACCUCGUUUGCAGAAGAACCAGCAAUGGAGGCGGGAAAUAGACACAAUCAGGGCGAGGGUCACGACAAUGGCCAGGUGUUGGAGGAGACGUCGGCCUUCCCGGAGCCCACUCCCAGACGCCGGACCUCCAGGAGUUUCUCGAAUCUGCUGCACGGUGUCGAUGACGGUCUCCGCGCUUUGGGUCGUCGUCUCUCCGUGAGCAUUCGCAAGAAAUCCUCGAGACAUAAUUUGCAAGACGCUCGUCCCGAGGACCGCCCUGCCAAAUUCCCGUCUGUCGGCAGCUCUGGCGACGGGCGAUCGCGGAACGCCUGGUUUAGGGGCCCCAGCAUCAACCGUCGCCCGUCCCUCCACAGUGUAUCGGCUUUGCAGACGUUCUACGCACCCACCGGGAAUCACACUGGCAUUGGCUUGGAGCCUCCGGUGUUUUCGGGCGAUCUCUUGGGCGGUGCUGCGGCCCGCGCCGCGGCCGCUGCCCAGAAUGAGAUGGCCAAGGCGGAGCGUGAAGAUUCCAAGAUCUUCGAUAAGGACUCGGAGAGUGGCAUCGAGAUCGAUCUGCGGGACCGCGAGGAGCUCUCCGACGAGGAAUUGGCUGUGGUCCGGAUAGAUCCGGUGCAAUACUUCCCCGCCGAAAUCACGGCCCAGAUCCUUUCGUGUCUCGACCCCGAGUCUCUCAUGCAAGCCGAAUGUGUCUCCCGUGCCUGGAAAGAAGCUGCUUCGUCGCACCACGUCUGGCGGCAUGUCUUCCGCCGCGAAUACGGCCGCCGUCCAAAGUGCGCGACCAAGAGGAAGACUCAGUCUGCCGGUCUGGGCAAGACCUUGCCCAACCAAGACUGGAAGAGGAUGUUUUUCGUGCGUCAGGCACUGGAACGCCGAUGGAAAGAGGGGAAGGCUGCUGCCAUCUACCUCAAGGGCCAUCGAGACAGCGUCUACUGUGUCCAAUUCGAUGAGCAUAAAAUCAUCACCGGAUCUCGGGACCGGACCAUUCGGAUCUGGGAUGCUCAUUACCCUUGGCGCUGUCUGAAGAUUAUUGGCGCGAAUCCAGGCGAUGUCUCUGGCGGAUCGGGAGCGGGCGUGACGGCCAACAUUACACCGCAGUCGUCCGGCAGCGCGCCACUGCUCGCUAUCUGUCCCCCGAGUCAGCCCGCGGCCGAUAUCGUGGCUGGUUCGGGGCACGAGGUCGGGUUCCACAACGCAUCGAUCCUCUGCCUUCAGUUCGACGAUGAGAUCAUGGUGACUGGGUCGUCGGACUUCACCUGCAUCGUGUGGGAUGUCAAGAACGACUAUAAGCCGAUUCGACGGCUUGUCGGCCACAAGGCUGGCGUCCUUGACGUUUGCUUCGAUGACCGAUAUAUCAUCUCCUGUUCGAAAGACACCACCAUCUGCGUUUGGGACCGGCAUACCGGGGAGUUGGUGAAGAAACUCCUGGGUCACCGCGGCCCAGUGAACGCCGUUCAGCUGCGCGGAGAUCUGGUCGUGUCGGCGAGCGGAGACGGGGUAGCCAAGUUAUGGAACAUCACUUCCGGUCUCUGCAUCAAAGAGUUCCCCAGCAAAGACCGCGGCCUUGCCUGCGUGGAGUUCAGUGAGGAUGCGCGGACGAUCUUGGCUGGGGGCAAUGACCAGGUCAUUUACCAGUUCGACGCCAACACGGGCGAGCUGGUCGGCGAGCUGAAAGGCCAUACGGGGCUGGUUCGGUCCCUGCACCUGGACGACGUCAACGGCCGGAUCGUCAGCGGGAGUUACGACGUGAGUGUCAAAGUGUUCGAUGCCAAGUCGGGCCAGCUGUCGAUUGACCUCCCCCAUUGGACGACGAGCUGGAUGCUGAGUGCCAAGUCGGACUACCGACGCAUUGUGGCCACGAGCCAAGACGCGCGUGUGGUCAUUAUGGAUUUUGGAUAUGGAUUGGAUGGGAUUGAACUGUUGGAGGAGUAA